UACAUCCCGCGGAAAGGGCUCUUCUUUGAGCACGACCUCCGAGGGCAGACGCAGGAGGAGGAGGUCAGGCCGAAGGGUCGGCAGCGGAAGCUGUGGAAGGACGAGGGCCGCUGGGAGCACGACAAGUUCCGGGAGGACGAGCAGGCUCCCAAAACCAGGCAGGAGCUGAUCGCGCUCUAUGGCUACGACAUCAGGUCAGCUCACAACCCCGAUGACAUCAAGCCGAGGAGGAUGCGCAAACCGAGGUUUGGGAGUCCUCCUCAGCGAGACCCAAACUGGUCCAACGAGAGGCCAAAUAAGCCCCCAAGGCACCAAGGUGGGGACAGCACUUCAGCUCCCCCGCGAACCUUCACCAACAGGAGCUCCGCAGGUACAGGGAGGAUGCCCCCACCGAGGAACUACCCGAGGAUGGGGGGCUACAAAGAGACCCGUCCAGGCUACCGAGCUUCAGAAGCAAGUGUCCAGCACCUGUCUCGAAACGGCGAGCAAGCGAAACAGGAGAGCAGCUACCGAGCGAAGCGUGCGGAGCAAAGCCCCCCGAGGGACAAGUCGCCCGAGAUGGAAGCGGCGCACAUCCACGGCAGCCCCAUGAAGGAGGAGGUUGCUUUGGAAAACCAAGCCACGGCCUCUGAUGCUGCGCAGCCACCACCAGACAGACCAGUUGAAAAGAAGUCUUAUUCCCGGGCAAGAAGGACCAGAAUCAAAGCUGGGGACGCGGGGAAGCUGGCAGACGAAGCGCCCGCUUCGGAAGGGCUGACUCCUGUGCCUCCAAAACCUGUGCAAGCCGAGACAUCCCCCCCACCAGCCAAGAGCGGUAACUGGGAGUCGCCAGUAGAACCCAGCUUGGAUGGACUUGAGCAAGAGAUGACCCAAAUGAAUCUCACUGAGCAGAACUGGACGCCGGGGCAGUCGCAGUUCAUGCAGCCCCGGGAGCUGAGGGGGAUUCCCAACCAUAUGCACGUGGGAACUGGGCCUCCGCCGCCGCCUCAGUUUAACAGGAUGGAGGAGAUG